AUGGCAGUCUCACCAUCCACUCAUGCAAAGCAAAAGACAAAAAGACAUUCACGACCAUUCAAAGAGCUGAUUAGCAAACUGGGUCAAAGCACUAAACCGACAACACCUAAGUAUGCGGACAGCACUAAAAAAUCGUAUGAAAAUGCAUGGAUACGAUGGAUUCUGUUCUGUCAGCAGGUCUAUGAAGAGUCGAGUUACUUUCCAACCCCCGAUCCUGUCAAAAUAUGCGAGAAUCAUUUAUCCUAUGAAGUCGUUCGAUCAUUCUUGGAAUGGAGCUUUCAUCAUGGAUCGCUCUUGAUUGAUGAGUUUGAGCUCCGGGAAACCGGUCGGUUUAGGGCGGUGAUGAAUGCGGACGACGUGCUUGACAUCCUUCACCACCAUUGGGUCCUUAGCGAUGAAUAUUAUCCAGAGGAGCGGCAGCGGGUUCAGCACGCGGCUUUGAAUCUUUUCUGCGCAUCGACCACGUCGCGUGCCGGUACCAUCGUUGAGUCCACCGGAUACCUUGAGCAAAAUGAGGCUGUUGAGUAUAGAGACAUUUAA